CCCACGGAAGAAAAGAACCCCGAAACUUGAUUAACUCACAAAAGAAUUAGAUUCCAAAGAGCACGAGUAGGGCGAGUUGACGGUACUUGGUGUAGUCAAAAAGCUAUAUCAUUGUUCUUGUUCCCCUAAACAAAAUGGAAAAGCAAUGCCAAUGACCCAAAGGCAAACUAUGCAAACCUUCUUUCAAACCUAUGCUUAUAUAGCAUAUAGCAAGGAUCAAGUUAAGAUUUUUGGUCGUGUUCUCAAUUGGGUUUUAACAGAAAAAAAAUAAAAACCAAAUCCCUGAAACUUUACUUUUCUUCAGGAUGGAAAGCACAGCAUCAUCAAAGUCUGAGGUCAUAAAGCCAGUAAUCCUCAAAGCUGGUGUUCCUUUGGCUGUCUCUUUGGCUGGUUUCAUCUAUGCAUGGAUCCUGGCAAAGAAAAGCUUUUCUAAAGCCUCUUCUUUAUCACCAAAUGAAGCAAAUUCACCUGAAACCAAUUCCCACUUGGGGCCUCAACUUGAAGAAAGUUGUCAUAGUCAUAGCCUAGCUUCUAUGGAAGAUGAAGGACACACUACACCCAUGGAUGCCAGUGUUCUUGAUGGGAACUCAGUAAUCCAUGACAACCCAUGUUUAGAACAUGAGAUUGCUGGCUUAAGAAGCCGGAUUGAAGGUAUGCAAAUGAGAGAAUUGGCCUUACGUUUGCAGUUUGAUCAAUAUUGUGAUUUGAAAGAGCAAGAAUCUCUUCUUGGUGAGAUCAAAAACAUUUUGUCACUGGAGACUGCUCGUGUUGACUUCUUGGAUAGGGAGAUUUCAUCCAUGGAGACAGAGAAAAAGAGGUUGGAGAAUUUUGUGGUUCAAUAUUUGAGAGUUAUCGAACAGAUUGAGUAUUUGAAAUCUGAGAAUAGAAUGCUUCAGAGGAAGCUUCAGAAGCUACUGAGGAAAUCAAAGGCACAAACCCACUUGGCAAAGGAGCAGGCUUUCAAGAUCAAAGCGGAAGAAGCAGAAAUCUUGAGAAACCAUGAUGUCUUGGAAACAAAAAUUAAUGUUAUCGAUAAAUUAGAGGAUGAAAAAAGAGUGCUGCAAAGGGUUUUGGAUCAAUUGCAGGAUGAGAAGAAAGAACUUCUCAAUAAGCUUGACACAGCAGAAAAAUCAUAUGCGUCUAAGAUUGAAGCUGGAGAUGUAAGUAGUGAAGAUUACAAACAGCUUCAGGAUGAAUUGGAGCAGAUGAAGAAGGAACGGACAGAUGAAGCAAAAGAACUCAUUUACUUGCGGUGGACCAAUGCUUGCUUAAGGCACGAGCUAACAAGGCACCUUGAACAACAACAGAAUCAGGAUAGAGACCAUAUAGAACUGGAAAUUGGAGAAAGCGAUGAAGUUAUACAUUAUGACUCAGAUCAUGAAUUACAUAAUUCCCUUUUGGAGAAUCAUGGUGUUCCUUCCUUUGAUGAGCAUCAAAGUGCUCAUCCUAGCAACAGUGGUUGUUCAAAAAGGAGAAAGUUGCUUGAAAGGCUAAAGAGAUGGGUUGAAGGCAGUGAAAAAGCUAGAAUUAGGCAUUCUGUUUCCAAAGGGGAAGAGCAACAAGAAGUUCCUAGAAGGAGGUCUUGCUCUAGUGCUAUGUAGUUAUUGAUACUUGCCAAGAAAGAAACUCUGAUGUUGGCAUAAGAGCAGUGACCUUGU